AUGGAGCGCUUUAUCCCCAUCGUCCACGCCGUGACGGCGGUCUUUACUGUCAUCGAACUGGGCUUGACCGCUUAUCUCGUCAGCCCUUGGUGGAACACACCGAGCGUUAUGUCCUUUAUGCUCUUCAACUCGGUCUGGUCCCUGCUGGUUCUGGCGUAUCUGGCCCUGACACCCCUAUACUUCGCCCGUUUCUUUCACUCUCUGGCGGCCCUGAUUCUCGAAUGGAUCACCAUGAUCUUCUGGUUCGCCGGCUCCAUCGCCCUGGCGGCAUUCUGGGGCUCUCCGAGAUGUGACGGCAACACCUACUGCGGCUCUACCGAAGCGGCGAUUGCAUUCGGAUUCUUCCUGUGGGCGUUGUUUGCCUUCCUUGUUUUCGUUGACACCGUGGCGACAUUGCGGGCCCGCGGACACAACACUUCGACUGCCUAUCCGAAGCCUUAA